AUGGUAGAUAAUUUUGAAAAGAUUGAUCAAAACAAAUAUAAGGAGGCAGCUAACUUACUAAACGAAGCAUUACAUAUACGUGAAAAAUGUCUUGGUGAAAAUCAUCCCGCUGUUGCGGCAACACUCAAUAAUCUGGCAGUGUUAUAUGGGAAACGGGGUAAAUAUAAGGAUGCAGAACCACUUUGUAAGAGAGCUUUGGAAAUCCGAGAAAAUGUGCUGGGCGCCGAUCAUCCAGAUGUUGCUAAGCAAUUAAAUAAUCUUGCUUUGCUUUGUCAAAACCAGGGUAAAUAUGAUGAAGUCGAAAAGUUUUACAAACGUGCACUCGAAAUCUAUGAAACAAAAUUAGGUCCCGAUGAUCCGAAUGUAGCAAAAACGAAAAACAACCUUUCAUCAGCUUAUUUGAAGCAAGGGAAAUAUAAGGAUGCUGAAAUCCUCUACAAACAGAUCUUAACUCGUGCUCAUGAACGUGAAUUUGGGAAAGUAGCGGAUGACAAUAAGCCAAUUUGGCAAAUUGCUGAAGAUCGUGAAGAGAAUAAACAUAAAGGAGGUGAUACAAGCUCGUAUCAGGAAUAUGGUGGUUGGCACAAAGCUGCAAAAGUUGACAGUCCAACAGUAACCACCACGUUAAAGAAUCUUGGAGCAUUGUACAGACGUCAAGGGAAGUACGAAGCAGCGGAAACUCUUGAAGAUGCUGCAUUGCGAGCAAAAAAGCAGUGCUUGGAUGCAGCUCAUCAAGCGAAAGUAGCUCGCUUGAUUGCCGAACAUACAACUGAUUUAUCACCACCUCAUGAAGGUGUUGAGCAUGAACCGCCUGUGUCUGGUCAUCAGUCAGCAUUAACAGCUACUAGUACAUAUGCGGAUGAUUCGUUAAUGUCACCUACUACUACUACUGCUACUGCUUCACAAAUACAUCGUGGUAUGACUCAGUCACAAUCAUCAUCUGGUUUAAAAUCACGUUUAUUCAAUGCACUUGGUCUACAACAGCAACAACAACAACCACCACAAACUUAA